AUGUACUUCGUCGGGAAAGAUUUGGUGGUUUCGUACCUGACUUUGACGGCGCAACGCUGCAAGCCCAUCUUCAUGCUGGACACGUGUCGUAGCUCCGACAGUCGUCCAAACCGAAUCCGCAGUUCGCACAUCAUCGUCCGUCGCGAUAGGUCUCGCGCAGCUUACGUGUUCAGAGUUCUCACGUACCCUAUGGGAGGCGAUGCUCAAUGGAUUGCAAGGAAAAUGCUCUCAAAGGAAAAAAUGACGGCUUGGAUUGGUGUGUGCAUAAUCUAUGAUCAAAAAUACACCACAAUAAAUCCUUAUUCUUCCACCACUGAAGAUUUUCGGGCCUAUCUUGAAGUGCUCGUAAAAGCUGCCGAGUUGCGUUUUCAAGAUUUAGAAAACACCAAAGUUAUUCUGACAGCUACGCGAAUCGAAGAACACAAGGGAAAUGAGACACUACCUGUAAUUGAAGAAGUUUCGUCUGGUGAGGCAUAUGUUGAAUCUGACAAAACUAUUCGAGAAUUGACUAAACUGAGAGAAAAAAAGCCAUCUUAUUACAGAGACUGUGAUGUUCUUCUGUUUAUAACCGGGCAUUCUGUAGACACCCACCUCAUUAACGAAGAUAAGACAUGGCCCGGUCUGCCCCUGCAGGGCAGAAUGUGCGAAAGUGAGAGCGUGGCGUUUAUUCACGACAACGGGAAAACCUUCAGUGGUUCCUUGUAUUUCGCUCAGCAGCUCGCUUUUUUGCUCAACGCUCCACUACAAACUUCUUCCGGAUUAUAUAAAUCUCUUAUGAGCCUCCCAGAAGUAAGUCUUUUAUAUAACGUCCACCUUAAAGGCAGAGCGGCCAUUAGGACACUACUGGAAAUUAAAACAGGAGUGCAUGAAAGCAACAUUGGAUGUUGGAGAGAUGUACCUUAUUCACUGGUAUACCCACUGCCGUACAGCUAUUUAGGAAUUAUGAGCUCCCCAUGCGGUUUGUACUCGCUGGAGCAAUGCGACAAGUCGAAGCAAGGACUUGACAUAAACGGACAGCAAGUUCCGGCACCACCUUGUAAACGCAGGUGCUGCAAUAAAAGAGGACGUCUAGAGGUGGUAAACUGGCCAGAUGGCAGGCCCUGUGGUGUGUCUUCAGUGUGUGUAAGCGGUUGGUGUGUCAACAUGGCAAGUGGAGCGGUUGUGCAGCCUGAAUAA